AUGGAGGAAGUACAAGAAAAGAUUUAAAACCUCGAAAUUGAGGACAAGUAAGAAGAAUAAUAAAACUCUGAACAAUAGACUAAGCUAACACCUAACUAGUUGAAGAAACUAAAGUAAAAAUAGAAAAAGGCUCAGAAAAAAGAAUAGGAAAAGUAGGAAUAGGAAGAAAAAUAAUAGGAAGUUUAAGAUGAAAAUAAUAAAAGUGAUUAAAAACAGGACUCUUUUGAGUAAGAACUUUAAUGGUGUAUUAAAUAAUUAAAGUUAGGUUUAGUGAACAAUAACUUAGAUAAGGAUUAAAUUAAGGAGUCAACUAAAGUUAUUAGUAAAUUAGAGUCAAAUACAGUACUUUUGGUAGAAAAGAGACAUUUAAUGAGAGUUAUUUUUGGAGAUUAUAGAAAAUUAAUGAAAAUGAUAAAAUGA